AUGUCAUCCUCACCACCAUAUCCAAUUUUGAAAUCUACAGAAUUCCCUGAGGGUUCAAUGUCUGGUUCUACAACCGCCGUUCCAACAUUCCAGCCAUCUGCUUCUCAGUCCACUCUACAUGCAGUUGAUUCACAGGGUCUCUUUGAGAAGGAGCAGAAUCUCAUGAGAUGGGAAGAAGAGCUGAGACACCGUGAAAGAAAUCUGAACCUCAAUGGACAAGCUUCUUCCGAUGCCGCUGGAAGUGCAUCGACUGCCGCUGCACCUGGCCAAGUAAAUAUGAUGACCAACAAUCCAAUGGGACCAGCCAACUACCCUAGUUUCAUGCCCAUUACAAGAGUUGCCGUCUCUGAGGAUAUUCCUGUGCCCAACCAACGUCUCGUUAAGUUCUCCUAUGUAGUUUUCUUCUGGACAUGCGCUAGUCUGAUCUGGAACUUUGUCUGUGGUAUUCCAUUUACAUUCUUUAUGACCAGAAGAUUAUAUAGAGCCGCCAGAUCUCAAAAACCAAAAGCAACCUACUCUUUCCUCCUCGGUUACUUUGCUUUAUUAUGUUUCAACAUUAUGUUUUUCAUUGGAUUUAAACAUUCUGGUAUGCACGGAUUGAUUUGGCUCAUUUCUCUUUUCCACAAUAAGCACAAGGCCGUUGGAGCUCUCCAUGUAGUUGCACUCUUCUUCUGGUUCGUAAACUUCUUCUUAGUUGCCGGUAUUUUCUUCAAGGUUCUCAGAUUGACAUCUGCCAAGAAACACAGAGGUGAGAUGGAUUACGGAAUGAAGAGUUACAUCAAGAGCAGAUAA